AUAUGUAUUUCUAUUAAUAUUACUAUGUAAAGCAUCGCAUUACCAUCACCCCUCCAGAAGUCACACACACACACACACACACUUAUUAUUAAAGCAACAUGCAUAAUCAGAUCUGUUUCGGUGUUUCGUGCAAUGUGAGCUUAUUUUGCUCUGCGCUGGGUUGUGAUUGGCUUUGCUGUAAAUGCGCAACCCAGUAACCUGGUCGGCUGCUUUGCUUUCAACCGGAAAACCCCGCAUCCCGCCAUCUUUCAAAAAUAGAGUAUGUUACGGCAAGCAUUUCGACCAUUGACAACGAUCCGAUCGUAUACGACCGUCCCUCUAUCCUAUACCAAAUACCCUGCGCCACAGCCUUCACAGAACGCACCGCUCAUUGUGUGCCAUGGUCUCUUUGGAUCCAAACAAAACUGGCGAUCCCUCGGUAAAAGCAUGAGUGUCCGCCUUUCGCGCGAUGUCUAUACCCUUGACAUGAGAAACCACGGCGAAAGUCCUCAUGCUGAAGAACAUACUUACGAUGCCAUGUCACACGAUCUCGUUUCGUUUAUGGAACAUCAUAAACUCGAGCAACCCAUUCUGCUCGGUCAUUCCAUGGGCGGUAAAGUAGUCAUGACAACGGCGUUACAGCACCCUACACUUGUCAAGAAGCUUGUCGUUGUCGACAUUGCCCCCUUCUCACUACCCUUAUCCAGCGACUUUGGCAUGUAUAUUGACGCCAUGCGCAAGAUCGAUCAGGCCAAUGUUAAGAAACAGAGCGAGGCGGAUAAGAUGUUGCAAGAGUUUGAGCCGGAUAUGGGCAUUCGGAUGUUCUUGUUGACCAACCUGAAGAAAAGCGCCAAGCAGGAUGGACAGUAUCAUUUCCGGAUCCCAUAUGAUAUUCUCGGCAAGGCUUUGGGCAAUAUGGGCGAUUUCAGUAAGAUGUCGGAUCAGUUAAAUUAUUCGGGCCCAACACUGUUUAUUGCUGGUGGUAAAAGCAGUUAUUGUAAACCGCUCGCUCAGUAUCCAGACAAGUUAAAGGCCAUGUUUCCGGAUUAUCGAUUGGAUGUCGUAGAAGGCGCUGGUCAUUGGGUGCAUGCCGAAAAACCAGACGUGUUUAUGAAAUACGUUACGAACUUUGUAGGCCAAAAGGAUUGAACCUUAGAUUAUUAUUAUUAUUAUUAAAGCAAUAUAAUGUAUUAUUAGAUAUUUGGGUUUUUUUGCUCGUUCUUGUAUUGUGCUGUAGUAGAUGCAUCAUGUACAAUGUUUAUAGCACUUUGACUGUCAGUUAGAAGAUGUAAAAUAAAGGAGGAUGAUGUAUGUAGUAAAAGAUUCAGGAACAACACAAGCAAAAUGAUAUCAGGAAGUCCUUUACGCGUCAGCAAUAAUAAGCAUCCGCCCCUCCCC